AUGAGGUUGAAAUUGUUGUCGGGUCUGAUUCUGGCGUUUGGCUUUGCCGAUGCGCAGUUUGGUGAUUGGGCACAAGGUCAGGUCAAUACAACCAUCUGCAUCUGGAACCAACCUCGAGCGGCGAUCGUGCGUGAUACUAUUUACAUUGACGGCGGUUCUGUAUGGUGGACUCCUGGUCUAGAGAACGGAACUCUUGGUCCAAUUUCCAACCAAGGAAACUUCCAGGGAAUCAUCUUGUCAUAUAACCUGGGCAAGCCAUUCAACCGCGACACAGAUGUGACGGGAAUCCUGCUAGAUGGGAGCCUGUCCAAGGCAAGAGGUGGUAAAGGCAACGCCAACGGUGACGGACCCGUCUACUACGAUGGUGCGCUUCUCGCCAACGACGCACAGUUCUUCCUAUAUGGUGGGGCAGUCUUCCAAGACGACGAUUUGUACGAAACGCCGCCGAGUUACGAGACGCUCGAGUACCAGGCGUAUGCGUAUGGCCCGGACAAGCCGUUGUGGAAGCCAAAUUUCAGCAGCAGAAGAUUGACAGACGGCGUAACGAGGUACAUUGCCUAUGGCGGUGCAGCUAGUGCGCCUUCAGAGAACAAGGCAUGGUACUUUUCGGGACUAUCCUCUCCCAGUCGAGGUCCCUUCUCCUGGAAUCUCGCAGCCACUGCCGAUACCAGAGCGUCUGUCCCCUCGAAUACGCUCAUCACGCUAGAUAUGGAGAGUCAGCUGUCCGAAAAGUGGACAAAUUCGACUCUGCCUAGUAACAUCAAGCCCAGGGCAAAUCCAGAAGUCGUAUGGGUUCCGGUCGGCGAACAGGGCAUCCUAGUUGUGCUCGGCGGUGCAGUCUAUCCUGAAUGGGCCGGCGAAGCCCACAUCUCACCGAACGAAACCCUCAGUGCAAAAGAAAGUCCUGUAUUUAUGAGCACGAUUGAUAUUUAUGACGUUGCCAACAACACAUGGUAUCAGCAGCCCACCAUAGGAGGCCCCGGCACAAGAACGCGGGGAUGUGCUGUUGUCGCCCCUGCUGCGGAUCGAUCGAGCUUCAACAUUUACUACUACGGCGGCUUUGACGGAGUCCAUCUGACAGAAGAAUUCAACGACGACGUCUGGGUCCUGUCGCUUCCAUCAUUCACGUGGACGAAGAUUAGCGACGGCAAGCCAAGUCAUGCCCGUGCUGGCCAUAAAUGCUUCCUGCCAUACCCUGAUCUGAUGAUGGUCGUCGGUGGCUACACGCCUCCCACGGGCACCACGCUGACUUGCCUGGAAAACGGGCCCAUUGUUAUCUUCAAUAUCACCAGUGGCGAGUGGAUGGACUCGUACGAUCCGAGCAAGUACGGCGCCUACGGCGUGCACGCAAGUGUGCAGGCAAUGAUUGGCGGGGACAGCACCGGAAAUGCCACGGCAACAAAACCCGUGCGGUCAGGAUGGGCGACACCAGCUCUCGGCGAUGUGUUUGCCACAUCGUACGACUUUGGCAAGAUCAAGACCUACUGGCCGUAUAAGUCGCCCGCUACAAACAAAACAGAGUCUCCUAGGCAGCCCUCGUCGCCUGACCAAAAGUCCAAAGGUGUACCCAGCUGGAUAGCUCCUGUGCUGGGCGUUGUGCUAGGUCUCGUUUUGCUGACUGGAGGUGUUCUUAUCUUUUGCAUCUGGAGUCGCCGAGUAGCGAGUCGCAGAGGAUCCGACGCACCCUCUUCGCACGAAGCCAUGUCGGAGCGCAUCUUCUACUGGGCCAAAGCAAACUCGCAACGAAAGUCGCCGACACUGACAUCCUCUUGCGGAGAUUCUGCGCUAGAGCGCUCUGCUACCCAGAAAUCAUCCAGCACAACUGCCGCUACUCCUUCUCCGACUAGUGAUACUGGUGUCGUUGAAGCGUCUCCUCCCACAUGUCACGAAAUGGAAGACACCCAGAUUGCCGAACUUGGUGAUACCUCCUCGCCAGUAGAGCUGCACGACACGGGCCUCACGACCGCAGCUGCGGUCCAGGUAAACGCUGGAUUUGCACCCCUCUUGACCACAUUUAGCUCGUUUGCCUCUCUCCGGUCGUUUGCGGACGACUGCCCGAUUCCGGUGAGUAGCAUUAGUGGCAGCGGCAGCGAGAGGACGCCGUCCACGACGCAGCACCCGUCGCGCUGGCCGCGGAAAAUGUCAGUCAUCUCUUCCGUGAGCUUUGAGAGCGGCAACGGAACGAACGCGCACUCGCCCAGCAGCAUCGUGAGUCCGAUCGGCCCAAGGACGCCGCCGCGGGGAGGACACGACGACAAUCAUGCCGACGGGGAGGUGGCAGCUGGGGCUAGUCCCCUGAAAAAUGUCAUGAGCAAGAGCAAUAUUCGACGAGGCUUAAAUUGA